CGCCACAAGCUUCCCUUUCUGGCCCCUCCCACUGGCGCGUAAAUUUGAAGAGAAAACGUGCGCGGUUAACUAGAGCAAAUACGGUCGAUAAUAAUAGUAGUUCUUUUAAAGUGCGGAAGCACGGAGCGUCUUUUGAAGUCUCUGUCCCUCUACGGUCGGCCAUGCAUAUCGGAUACUGAUUUAGUCAACGAGAAAGGAAAAGCAUAGGGGGAAGUUAUGUUAGACUUAUCGAAACGUUUUUUCGUGGUAAUAAAUGUAGCCAAAUAACCAAACACAGUUAGGAAGCCGAGGCUAAUUGGGUUGGGGUAGACACAUAGAUGUACACUUUAUGUCGUAAUCGAUAAUCUGACUGGUCGGAGUCUGGGGUGUAUCGUUUUGGUUGCUCUCGCCUCCCUGUCCCUCCAUCUUGAAAAAUGGAAGCGCAGGGUGUCAUCCUGAUAAGCGACGAGGAGGACGACGGCGGCCAGGGCUCCGCCAACGACUCGGUGCUCAUCGUGGAGCCCAGCGACGAACAGGGUCAGGAAGCGACAGCGGCGACCAGCGAGGUUGUGGAUGACGAUCUGCUGGUAACGUUUUCCAGAAAGGCCACGGUGAUGCCGCAUGCGAGAUACGACUGCAGCUCCAACCCAUUCAGCCCCACUGAACUUGAUACCUGCAGUCCUGUAGAAAACAACGUCGCUUUCUGUGAACAAUGUUUUUGUUACAUCUGCGAUAAGUUGGCAUCUGAGUGUCAAGUGUGGAAGUCACCGGGUGUUUGUCAUUGUAACGCCCACAAACGGAGCGACUUCUGGAAGAGCCAGCGGAAUAAAGUUGUCUUGGGCUACCUUCAUGUUUUUAAUUUCGACCUGCUGGAGGUGGAUGCUGAUUUGCGUCUUGCUGAGCGCCACCUGCUGGCAUUUGAGUGCAGCCUAGCGGUUGAGUACUACACCUUCCUGAAGGGAGUCCGCACCCCGUUCCCCAGCGACCUUGCCUGCAACUGCUAUUGCCACUCAGCCAGCUCAGACACCCCUGCCUGCAAGAAGUGCAAAUGGACACACACCGAACAGGUGGUUUACAAUUAUUCCGGAGUGUUCCAGCAUAUUUCUGAGUUCCUGAGCAGAGCGGAGGGAGAGCGGCCGCGGACGGCUGCUGUCAUGCUGCUGGGAGCCACCAAACUCUUCAUCGGACAUGCCCAGCCGCCGGGGGUGAUGACUCUCGGUGACCCCAAAAGCUCUGUCCCAGAUGCUGCCCCAUUGUUGUUAGUAAGGAUAACCAACAUGCUGAGCACCCUGCUGGUUACCGGCGACUUCAACAGCUCUUUCUCCAAGAAGCUGCAGGACUUCAUCUUGUCUCUCCCUGUGCCUGUGAAAUGCCGAUGGCUGGUCAACAGCGUAAAUGUGCUCCCAUGGGAUAACCCUCUGUUGGUGGCGGUCCUGAGAGGCCAGAACAUCACGGGCGAGCGACACCUGAAAGGGAAGAGGGAGGUUCUGCUGGAGACCGUGCCGGUGAUCCAAGCACGGGUGGACAAGCUGAGGGAACAGAGCAAGUACAGGGAGCUCACGCGCUACCUCCGGGUCGUGAGAAGUGCUAACAAGACACAGAUGCUGACUUUGAGGGACCGUCUCCCGCUUUACAUGAGCCAGGUGGGGGACCUGGGCCCCGCCCUCGCCGCCUUCUUCAGCAACUUUGCGGAGGGCUGCUGCAGUGCUUGCCGUCUGACGCCGGCCCAGUUCGUCGUGUACCUGCGCAUCCUGGCCACGGGCAGAGUGCCAGCGGGAAACGACCCCUUCCUUUCCGCGCAGUGGGAGUCUGUCACCGAUGCCAGGCUCCCAAAAAGGUCUGAGGUGAUCCGGUGGGCGUUACGAGUUUUGAACUGCAACACCAUAGUAUUCUUGGACCCCAUCAGCUGGGUGGAUUUGAUCCGGGUGGCGGGUCUGGAGUCCAUGGCGCCCAACGGCUCUCUGAAGUGCGCCUCCUUAAUGAUGCCAGACAUGACGUUUUUAACGAUCGCUCGGGCUACGACGGUUUCCAUUCUCAUGAAGAAUUCAACAGACAAUCAGCUUCAGAUUCCAAAGAUGUUUCUCCAUCAGUACCCAGACCAGGCUCUCCUGACGCUGGUCACUCAAGCUCUCAUCCACAGAAUCUUCCACAGCCCCAUGGUGACCGUCCUGGAUGUCGUCCUGAGCUUUAAAGAGAACCUGUGGGCGCUGCAGUGGUUCUAUAACGGACUCGGCAACAAACCCGAGAUCCUGCAGAUUUUCCUGAACACGCUGCUCAAUGAUCUGUACAGGGACACGGACAUGCACACCAGGAAACUGGAGCCGUCAGACCACAGAUUCAUGGGAGACUUCCUGGCUUACUGUGUUCAGGACCCGCGUGCUGCACUCUAUCCCGUAACACAGCAUGUUCAGGACGUCCUGCUGAAACACUGGAACGGGCAUGAUUUCCCUUGGCAGUGCCACCUGCGGAAUUCUCUGCAGCGUGUAAGUUGCAGUGUUUACCGGGGUAUUUCCAUAGACCGUCAGUCCCAAUCAUUCAUGUCAUCCUUCCUUUUAGGUCCAUGAGCUGUCAUCAGAAGUUCAACAGUUCUUGAAUCUGACCCAGCAGAUUUUCUGAAGACCUCAGAGGUGAAGACGACUGUGAGUGUGAAUGGGUAACUUUGGUCAUGUGACGAAUGCAGCAGUUUCCUUUAGUUAAAAAUUGUAUGCAGUCAUGUGACUGCUGGUUUGCUUGAAGAUUUAUGUGAAAGGUUUUUUUUUUUUUUUUUACAUGCUAUUUUUCCAAAUGUAAAAGUGUACAGUGACGUUUAAAAUAUAAGAUGAAUAAAGUUAUUUUUGUUCCUACUUGGAACAUGGGGAA